AUGUCAUUUCAUCCUUCCUUGCAGAGUGCUUUGGCGGCACAAAGCAUCAACAACAUCAUCAACAACAGAAUCAACAUCAACAACAACAACAUCAACAACGCCAAUCACAACGCCAAUAUCAACACUCUUCGAUAUGCUGCUUUGAUGACAAGACCACAGUCAUCAUCAUCGGCACCUGUCCGUGUUAGUCCGCCACCGCUACAAUCUUCAUCGGCAUUGAAUACAAUCAAACAAACCUGGCCAUUUCCCAAGAAACAACAACUUUCUCAGGUGUUUAUCAAACUCAAGCGCAACUCGAUUCAGGAUUCCUGGGGCAUUGUCUUUACCCGGUUUGAUAAUCGACUCGUUUUGGGCGACAUUCAACCAAAAACACAACAACACUACACGGAUUGGUCUGUUGUCAUUUCGGGAUCCGAUUUGGUGGAUGCACGAGAAGCCUUUUGCCUCUUUCAGAACAAUCCAGAAGCUCGCGAGACCUAUCGGAUUCGUGUCAAGGCGUAUGGACAUGCCAUGAGUCUUCCAUCCUGGCAUGUCGGUGAACAGUUAUUGCCUGGUGAUUUGAUAGUUUCCGUCGAUGGAAUGGAUCCAAUGGUGGCCUUUCCCACCAUGGACCAAGUGACUGGCUACUUGCGGCAAGCCUUGGAAUUGUCCAUGGUAGUCCUGCGACAUCCACAAGCGACGGCCGCGUCCUUUGCGUGUUACAAUUCGCACUUGGCCAAUCAAUCGGCGCUGGGAUUGGCGGCGGCGGCCGAUCACAUUUGGAAAUCCCUCUUGUUGGUGGCGCCAAGAACAACAUCAUAUUAUCAUCCGCCAACCGUGGUACCCCUGGUACGACGGGUCACACCCGACGACCAAACACUGCACCAAAUGGGCAGUGGUGGGUCCCAGCAGGCAGAGCAGCAAUCAUUGAAAUCACCAAUCGUAUCCGCAUCAUCCUUGUACAACGAUGGAUCCAAACCAUUGCCAAAUCCAUUGAAAACAACGACACCACCGGUGUAUCAUGGUUGGAGAAAUCCAUGGUUUCAAGACGAACAUGGUGUCCCCAUUCCAUUCGAAGACAAUUGGGAAUACAGUCCCGAAGACGGGACACGGGCCCACUUGUUUUUGCCAACCACAGGAGACUUUCAAUCUUGGUUGCGAAAUCGAAAAGAUUCCUGGCGGACCAAAUACAAAGUCUACAAGGUGGCCAAUAAACGAUGGGACAAUGGGGAAGAAGACUGCGAUGACGAUGAUCCCUUUGAUAGGAAUACGAGUAGUGUGGCAUUGGACUUUUGGACGCCCCAAGGAUUUGCUUCUUUUGAGGCCUGGCUACUAAAACGAAAGGAAGGUUGGAGGACCAACUACAAGGUCUAUCGCAAUAAGAAGCGAAAGAUUCACAAGGAAUGCGAAGAAGUUGUCCAUUUGUCUGAUGACUUUGAUCGUUGGCUACAAGUUCGGAAAAAUCAAUGGAAGGUCCAUCGAAGAAAGCGACAGCGUCUGAGACAAAUUCGUCAAAAAGCCAAAGCAUCUCCCUUGGAAAAGGCUGCUGCUGCUUCUGCUUCUGCUACUCCCAUUGUCACUCCUGAAAAAGUGGACUUGCCCGGCGAGGAUGGUGAUGAUGAAAUCAAGGUUGCUGCAAAGCGUCCUCGACGACUCUUUACUGCCCCACCAGCGGACAUUGACAUGGCUUGUAUCGAUGACAUUUUGGCGGAGGAAGAAGCCCGCAAGAAGAAACUGGCGGAACGACCGCCUAUUGAUCUUUCCUUUCUGUUUGAUUGUAACAAGUCUCCGGACGACGUGGUCAUUCAUAUUUUGGGAUUCUUGGAUCGCAAGGAACACGGCAAGCUAUUGUGUAUCAACAGGGAGUAUUCGGAUCAGCUAAAGGCACGAGACGAACUUUGGCGGCGACUUUGUCCGUCUCAUUGGAUACUGCCUCGACGACCAAGAAAAGCUUGGCACGAAAUUUACAUCAAUCGACUUCGCAGAGAGCAGUUUGAUCACCAAAAGCGGUGGGAUGAUCUUCUCUUGAAAUGCUAUGGCACCAUCACCAAAGGGGAUCAAUUGAACAAAAUUGAAAAAUUGGUGGCUAAAGGAGAAGACGACUUUGGAUUUCACGUCAACUACGUCAGCCCCGUUGUGUGCGAGCGAAACUGUUUGCUGAAUUUGGCAGUCAUUCAUAAACGGCUCAAGAUUGUGCGCUGGCUAUUGGACCAAAAGGGUGCUCACAUUGAAAGCUUUGAUCGUGGCCAAUUCACACCACUUUUGAAUGCGGCAUGGUCGGGCGACAAGCCAAUGGUGCGGCUCUUGCUUCAGAGGGGUGCAAACCGCAGCAACAUUGGUUUCUUCCAUUAUUCCAAACCUGUUUCUAGCCCUGAUUUCGAAGGUCUCACAGCAGAAGGAUGGGCAAGAACGAAGGGAUUUGAGGACAUUGCCAAGCUAAUACAUUUGGGACUCUAA